AAGAAGAAGAAGAAGAAGAAUGGCGGUUCUGACACGGCUACAACGUAGUACAAUUAGGAAGCUUUUGCUGGCUGCUGGCGUCAUACUGCUUUCAGCGAAAUGCGGUCGCUUGCUCCCUUUGGAUUACAGCAGCGGUCUCCUCCUCGACUCCCGCAUCUUGAUCGACACGCCGGGCUGCAGAGUGCGGCUGCACCAGCGCCUUUUCCCAGACCUCGCUCCAUCGACGCGCAGCUCCCUCCCGGUAUGCGUGGGCCGCGAGCCGCCCGUGAGCUUUAACCUCGACCGGGCAUUCUUGGACUACGCCAGGCUAGACAACAUGUAUGGAAUCCGCUCGUUCCGCGAGGUGUCCUGCCACUACGCCGCACUGGUCACCGACUCCAACGCAUCCGCGUCAGACCACCGGCCGCGGCCAUUCAAAAAAGAGUGGUACAAUAUAACACCCGGCAUGAAGCUCGAGACCGAGUACUUUAAACUUCGUUGCCUUCACAAACGCGACAUUAUCUACAGCGGCUUGCACCUCAUAGCCAGGAGGCGUUACCGCCCGCCAGCUGCGAAGGUGGCCGUCAAGCCCAGGAAAAAGCACAGUGUCCUCGUAGUCUCCAUCGGCGCCUCGUCGCGGAGCGACUUCGAGAGAAACUUCAGGGACACCGCCGGUUUCCUCAGACACUCUCUCAAAGCGCACGAACUGCUUGGCUACAGCGCCGUCGGCGCUGGCUCCUUUCCGAGCGCCGUGGCGUUGCUGGGCGGAAUGACGGCGGGUGAGGCGUGGUCCCGUUCUUCCGGAAGUUCGUACGAUGUACUGCCCCUUCUCUGGAAGGACUACAAGAAGCAGGGACACUGGACGCUCUACGUCGAGGAAACGCCUUCUGAAGGCGCGUUCGUCGACCCCGUCGAUCGUGAUUUUCUCCGCAAGCCCACCGAUUAUUACCCUCAAGCCAUGGCCUCGCAGAUGAGCCUGCCCGAUGAAGCGGCUGCGUCUCUCGUGUCCGAGGUCGGUAUCUCCAAUGAGCAGCCGUCAAUAUGUUCAGGCUACAGGCUGCGUAGCAAGGCUCUGCUCGAUUACGCCGCGGAACUGAUAAGAGCGGGCGAUGGGUAUCCUUUCUUCGUCUUCAUCAAUCUGAAGGACUCCUCGCGAGGCGGCGCGAAGGCUCGCGCCCUGGACAGGCCGCUGAAGGCGUUCCUCGCGAACCUCGAACGGAGAAACGUGUUCGCCGAAACAACGCUGAUUCUGCUCAGCGAUAUUGGCAAGAGUCACUGGGACACCGGGAUCACCCGCGAUGGCAGCGGUAUGCCGCUGUGCUUCGUCAAGCUGCCACCACUCUUGGUCGAAAGGUAUCCUUCAGUAGCCGCGAGCCUGUCCGUCAACGAGCGUCGCCUCACCACGCCUUUUGACGUGCACGCCACGCUCAAGGCCUUGGCCCCGCUGCCACGCGAACUGAGCCUGGAGCCCACGCAGCGCGGCCGCAGCCUCCUCGCCUCGAUCCCGGCGAACAGAAGCUGCGUCGACGCCUCCGUGCCGCUCGAGUACUGCGCAUGCGUUGAGGAACCACACGUCAGCUCGCCACAAGCCAGCCCUGGAACGCUGUCGCUCGCUCGACGCGCCCUCGAACUCAUCAACAACGCCACUGGUUCGUCGCCGCUCCUCAAGGACGUGUGCGCAACUUUCGUUCUCAGGAGAGUCGAACACGUCGACGAUCAUCAGAGUCGAGUAACAUCCGCCACAUCUUCCAACACGCCCGCUAGUGCCAACGUGCUGAUGAUUGUGUCGACUAUUCCACGAGCCAUUUUCUCUAUUCGAGCUCGCAACAUCCCCGCUGGCGCCGAGGCUGAGGUCAAAGCCGGCAGCAGAAGUAGCAUUCGUAAAGGCCAUAAAGUGGAGAUUACGGAAGUCGAGAGGAUUGACCGGUACGCGGACGACGUCUCCAAAUGCGCUAAGCUCGUCCAUGGCAAGCUGCGUAGGUACUGCUACUGCAAGGAUAUUGCUCUUAGUGGCCACAUGGAGUGAGGAACUGACGAUAUACGAUGCCCUAUGCAAACUAUCGACAACUUCUGUGCAUUGUUUCUUCAGCUUCCAGCAAGUGUUCUUACCCCUUUCUUUUAUUCUUUAAACCUUGCGGCAAAUCCUCCCGAAUAAAAAAAAAAGAUAAGAGGAAAGGGUGCUCUUUCGCAGA